AACUUUUCAAGAGAGUGGCAACGCCGUCCAAGUUGUCUGCACGUUUUUAAAAGCCGGCCAAAUCGUAAACAUCCAAAACAAAGUGAAACUAAAGAAUUUGAUCCUCUACCACGAAAAAUCAGGAUGUUUAUGAACGCCAAUCUCUUUGAGCCGGGCAAAACAAAGCCGGAGCGGAACUUCAUUCAAUUGGCGGUGAAGCAGAACCAGCGCUUUGACGGCCGGCGCUCCAACGAAUGCCGCGAUGUGGAACUGACCUUCGGUGCGGAUUGGGGAACUGUUGCGGUGUCCCUGGGCGAGACGAAGGUGCUGACCAACGUGACUUGCGACCUAGGCGCUCCGACCACCUCCCGGCCUAACGAGGGCAAGCUCCUAUUAAACGUGAACCUCGGCGGUGUGGCUUUUCUAGACGAAGUGCAGAGCACACAUGAGCCGCGUUCGCUCACCCUAAACUCCCUGCUUGAAAGGACCUUCCGCAGUUCCAGGUGUGUCGACCUGGAGUCACUGUGUGUGGCCGCCGAGCAGCAUGUGUGGUGCAUCCGCGUUGAUAUUAAUGUGCUUAAUCACGACGGUAAUCUGUAUGAUGCCAGCACCAUAGCCACCUUGGCUGCUUUAAUGCAUUUUCGUCGACCGGACGUUACCUUUGCAGACGACGAGCUGCAUAUUUAUACAGAAAAGGAGCGAGAAUUCAUUCCAUUGCUGUUUCUUCACUAUCCUGUGAGUGUCACAUAUUGCAUUUACAAGAGCAGUAACCAGCCAAUAGUGGAUCCAACGUUGCUGGAGGAAAACGGAGCAGAUUCGGUGAUUGUUUUGAGCUUCAAUUCGUACCAGGAGCUUUGUACUCUGAAUGCUGGAGGCACUGCACCCACAAAUGUUCGAACAAUCAUGCAAUGUGCCCGAAAUGCAGCAACCCGCGCUAAGUCCCUGGUCGACUUCAUACGCAAAGCUUUGUCGCUGGACGAGGAGCGCCGAUUGCAAGGAGGUCGAUUUAUCCAGGGACUGGCAGCACUGAUUGGUGAUACGCAGCCAAAGCUGAGUUUUAGAAAACUGAUGGGUCAUCAAAAGCAGGAUCAACAGGUUCGUACCAGUGAGAAAAUGGACGUGGAUACCAAAUGUAUUGACAAGCCUGAGAUCGAGGAGGAAGACCCGCCCAAAAAGGAAAUAGACGCCCCCGUGGACUCCAGCAGUUGGCUGCCCCAGGAUGAAGACUUGCAGGAACUGCCCACACCAUCAGAGGCAUCCAUAUCGAAGGCAGGCAAAGCCAAACAAAAUCGCAGCAAAAACAAGGCCAAUAAAAAGCAACUCGCAAAGAAACAAAAUCACAGUGACUCCGAGGAGGAAGCCAAGCAAGUUAUCUAGCCGAUAUGAUAGUCAUGGAGUUAAGUGAAAAUGCUUUCUAUUAAGUUUAUUUAGGCUUAAAUGUAUGGCUAAAAUCAGUCUAGGCUUUAACAGAAAUCGUUUAAUGCGGAAUUCCAAUUGAUUUAUGGAACCGAUGUUCGUUUUAGACUUAGACUAGAGCUCUAAAUAUAUUUCCAAUCCGCUGGGGCAAACGA